UUAGUCUGGCUGAAAAAAGACAAGCCCAUGCAGUUCAACCUUCAACCACUUCCAAUCCGGCCCAUGUAUAUAAACGGCCAGAUGGGAGCAGUGCAGGGGCAGGUGGCUGUUUAUAAACAGCCUCCCCACUCCCUGGGAGCGCGCAGCACCGCGAUCCGGUGCCCGCUGUGUCCUCCGGAUCGUUGUACGGGACCUCCGAGUGAGGUCCCAAUCAUGUGAUCACUGAUUGGCCAAUCAGUGAUUGCAUGAAGAGUAGUAAGCAAGAUGUCACUUCUGACAUCAUUGCUUACUACGUGUGAAAUCUGCAAAUGAUCACAGAGGUCACAUGGUACAAGGC